AAUGCGCUAGAAGAGCGGAGGGUGCCGUCUACUUGUUAAGGGAGUCCCCAAAAUGAACUUCAAGCAAGAAAAUUCACCCAUUCUUAUUUUCUUGGGCUUCCCUCAACUGAGGGAGAUGAAGGUCCAGAACCAGGAGCCCAGAGCUUCCUUUCUCCGUGCCCCACAGCAGUUUUGCGCUAUAGCUGUUUUUAUUCCCCCGAUUCGACCGGGGAGGAAAUCUGAGGCUGAGGGAGUGAAGUGAACUGCUGGACGUCACAAAGCAGACGAGAUGGCGGAAGAUGGACUAGAGCCUAAGCCUUCUAACUGUCGGCUCCUGUCUUGGGGGUGACUGAAUGGGUCACUGUCCCAGGGGCACGGCCACUGCUCAGUUAGGAACUCGACUCCUCCAGCAGGCACCGCGGAAAAAAGGACUUUGUAGGGAAGAAGGCGGCCGCGAGUGCGGCGGGGGUGGGGGAGGGAGCUGGAAUCUAAGUCCCGCCCUCCUCGGGCAGUCCGGCUCCUGCGCUCUGAUUGGCCGGUCUCUGCAGCGAGCGUCGCGAUUGGGUCCCUUGCGACCGUUGAGAUUUGAACUCCACUUUUGUGGCUUUGCCCGCGCCGCGCGGGGCUCGGUGGCGGGUGUUUUCCUCUGCCUGGCGUGUAUUGGCCGGUUUCUCUCACCGCGGGGGUGCUGCCUCGCAGAUUGGUGCAUAUUGUGCCCUCCGUGGAGUUUUUUUGGUUUUUGUUUUUUAAUUCCAGCCCCACGACGCGAGUUGGAGGAACGGCGGGUGAAGCUCUCUUGUAAGGUGUGGUGUUCUGGGGAGCGGGGAAGAGAGGCCGGGAAAAUCUGGCAUCCGGCAGUGAGAUGCGGUAUUAGACUGUAGGGUUAGUAGAUGUGUCCUUGUGGUACAAAGUGGUGCAAACAGCCAUAGAUCCUCAGUGGAAUUUGGGCAAAUCGCUUAACGUUCCUUAGUUUCAGUUUCCUCAUCUGUAAAUGGGACCAAAUUACUAUGGACUCCAUGAAAUGGGCAUUUUGGAGACUUAGACCAGGUAUGACGUUCGAGUAGCCUAAUAGAACCUGGCGUAGAGUAAACAAAUAGUAAAUAUUAAUGUUCUGUCAUUCUGGAGACAGGAAACCCAUCAGCUCAUACUGGUCUUAGAUGAGACCUCUCUAUAUACUUAAGUUUUCUCAUAAAAACAGAAAUAACAGUGCUAACUUAACGCAUUGAUAUGCCACUUUACAGUUAUUUAAAUAUUUUAAUAUCCCUUGAUUCCUUUAAUCCUGAGAGCAACUUUGUAGUCAGAUAUCAGUAAUCCUGUUUCACAGAUGAGGCCCAGGGGGUUAAGUAACCAAGUGUCAGAGUCACAAUUAGAGUUCAGUUCUAGUCCAGGGUUAAUCACAUCCUUUAAAAUAAUGUUAUUAGCUUGAUGCAAAACUAAAAAGCAUGUAUAUUCGAGGAGGAGAGUAAAAGAAGCAGAUUAAAAAGAUAGCCUUUAGAUGUAGACCCUGACUUAUUUGCUGUUUGGCCUCCAGCCCUGUGAGCCAUUGGGAGAAAGAUGUCUCCCCAAGUAUGGGAAUUCCAUCUGCCCUUAUCCCCAGAGGAGUUGUUGAAAAGUGGAGGGGUGAAUCAGUAUGUCGUGCAAGAGGUACUGUCCAUCAGACAUCUUCCAUCGCACCUUAAAGCUUUUCAGACUGCCUUUCGAGUUCAGGGGCCCCUGGCUGUGCUAGAGCACUUUGAUACCAUCUACAGCAUUCUGCAUCACUUUCGAAGUAUAGACCCUGGCCUCAAGGAAGACACACUGGAAUUCCUCAUAAAAGUGGUGUCCCGCCACUCCCAGGAGCUCCCUGCCGUCUUGGACGAUGCAGCUCUGAGUGUGUCAGACAGAAGUGCCCACCUGAACGCCCUCAAGAUGAACUGCUAUGCUCUGAUACGCCUCUUGGAGUCCUUUGAGACCAUGAGCAGCCAGACGGGUCUCAUGAACCUGGAGCUAGGCGGGAAGGGUAGGAAAUCCCGGGCCAAGGCAACUCAUGGCUUUGACUGGGAGGAAGAGAGGCAACCGAUUCUUCAGCUUUUAACACAGCUGCUCCAGUUGGACAUCCGUCACUUGUGGAACCACUCAAUAAUCGAAGAGGAGUUUGUCAGCUUGGUUACUGGCUGCUGCUACCGCCUCCUGGAGAACCCCACCAUUAGUCACCAGAAGAACCGCCCUACCCGAGAAGCCGUAACGCACCUGCUGGGUGUAGCUUUGACGCGUUACAACCACAUGCUGAGUGCCACUGUGAAGAUUAUACAGAUGCUACAGCACUUUGAGCACCUGGCAUCCAUCCUGGUGGCGGCUGUGAGUCUUUGGGCAACUGAUUACGGAAUGAAGAGCAUUGUAGGAGAGAUCGUAAGAGAGAUUGGACAGAAGUGUCCCCAGGAGCUGAGUCGGGACCCUACCGGGGCAAAGGGUUUUGCGGCCUUCCUGACAGAACUAGCAGAGCGCAUCCCAGCCAUCCUGAUGUCCAGCAUGUGCAUUCUGCUAGACCAUUUGGAUGGAGAGAAUUACGUGAUGCGCAAUGCUGUGCUGGCGGCCAUGGCGGAGAUGGUGCUGCAGGUCCUGAGUGGGGAUCAGCUGGAGGUGGCGUCCCGGGACACCCGGGACCAGUUCCUGGACACCUUGCAGGCCCAUUGCUACGACGUCAACUCCUUUGUGCGCAGCCGCGUUUUGCAGCUCUUCACCCGAAUUGUCCAGCAGAAGGCUCUGCCCCUGACGCGUUUCCAGGCAGUGGUGGCCUUAGCUGUGGGGCGUCUGGCAGACAAGUCGGUGCUGGUCUGUAAAAGCGCCAUCCAACUGCUUGCCAGCUUUCUUGCCAAUAAUCCCUUUUCCUGCAAGCUUAGUGACACUGACCUUGCUGGACCACUGCAGAAGGAGACCCAGAAAUUACAAGAGAUGAGAGCCCAGAGGCGAGCCACAGCGCCUUCCGCAGAGCUAGACCCCACUGAGGAGUGGGAGGCCAUGCUGCCAGAGUUGAAAGCUACCCUGCAGCAGCUGCUGACGCUUCCCCAGGAAGGAGAGGGGAUGUCUGAGGGCGUUGCUGAGACAGAGACCCCCGAGGAGGUGGAAGGACGCAUCCGUCAGUUGCUAGCCAAAGCUAGUUACAAGCAGGCCAUCAUCCUCACUCAAGAAGCCAUAGGCCACUUUCGGGAGUCUGAACCCUUCUGUCAUGUGGACCCGGAAGACUCAGAGGAGACCAGGUUCCUCAGCCUCUUAGGAGCCAUCUUCAAAGGCCCAGCAGCUCCCACCCAGGAGGAGAAUCCCCAGGCGGCUGCAGGGAACUUGGGCCCAGGAGAGACUGGCUGUAAGGACAAGCCCAGUGGGUCAGAGCCUGAGGAACGCAGCGAUGAGCUGGUGAAGCAGGAGUUGCUGGUGCAGUACCUGCAGGAUGCCCACAGCUUCUCCCUGCAGAUCACCAAGGCCAUCGGCAUCAUCAGCAAGAUGAUGUACGAACACACAACUACAGUGGUGCAGGAGGUGAUUGAAUUCUUUGUGAUGGUGUUCCAAUUUGGGGUACCCCAGGCCCUGUUUGGGGUGCGCCGCAUGCUGCCUCUCAUCUGGUCGAAGGAGCCUGGCGUCCGGGAUGCUGUGCUUAAUGCCUACCGCCAACUUUAUCUCAAACCCAAGGGGGACUCUGCCAGAGCCAAGGCCCAGACUUUGAUUCACAAUCUCUCUCUGCUGCUAGUGGACGCCUCAGUUGGAACCAUUCAGUGUCUUGAGGAAAUCAUCUGUGAGUUUGUGCAGAAGGAUGAAUUGAGCCCAGCAGUGACCCAGGUGCUGUGGGAGCAGGCAACGGAGAAGGUGCCCUGCUCCCCUCUGGAGCGCUGCUCCUCCGUCAUGCUGCUUGGGAUGAUGGCACGAGGAAAGCCAGAGAUCGUGGGAAGCAACUUGGACACCCUGGUGAAUAUAGGUCUGGACGAGAAGCUCCCACCGGACUACAGGUUGGCCCAGCAAGUAUGCCACGCCAUCGCCAACAUCUCAGACAGGAGGAAGCCUUCUGUGGGCGAACGUCACCCUCCCUUCCGGCUGCCCCAGGAGCACCGCCUGUUUGAGCGACUGCGAGAGAUGGUCACGAAAGGCAGCGUCCACCCAGACCCGCUCUGGGUCCCAUUCAAGGAGGCAGCCGUGGGCCUCAUCUACCAGCUGGCUGAGGGCCCCGAGGUGAUCUGCGCCCGGAUACUGCAGGACUGUGCGAAGCAGGCCCUAGAGAAGUUGGAGAAGAGUGACCACCAGGAGGCCCCGCAGGAGACGCCCGUGCUCCCCACCUUCCUGUUGAUGAACCUGCUGUCCCUGGCCGGGGACGUGGCUCUGCAGCAGCUGGUGCACCUGGAGCAGGCCGUGAGCGGAGAGCUCUGUCGGCGCCGGGUCCUGCGGGAGGAGCAGGAGCACAAGCGGAAGGAGCCCAAGGAGAAGAAUUCAAAGUCUGAGUCCACCUUGGAGGAGGAGAUGGGGCUGGGCGGGGCCACAGCUGAUGACACCGAGGCAGAACUCAUCCGCGGCAUCUGUGAGCUGGAGCUGCUGGAAGGCAAACAGACACUGGCUGCCUUUGUUCCACUUCUGCUUAAAGUCUGCAACAACCCUGGUCUCUAUAGCAACCCAGAGCUCUCCACAGCUGCUUCACUCGCCCUGGGCAAGUUCUGCAUGAUCAGUGCCACUUUCUGUGACUCCCAGCUCCGUCUUCUGUUCACCAUGUUAGAAAAGUCCUCGCUCCCCAUCGUUCGCUCUAACCUCAUGAUUGCUACUGGGGAUCUGGCCAUCCGUUUCCCCAACCUGGUGGACCCCUGGACACCCCAUCUGUAUGCUCGCCUCCGGGACCCCUCUCAGCACGUGCGGAAAACAGCCGCGCUGGUGAUGACCCACCUGAUCCUGAAGGACAUGGUGAAGGUGAAGGGGCAGGUGAGCGAGAUGGCUGUGCUGCUCAUUGACCCUGCCCCUCAGAUCGCUGCUCUGGCCAAGAACUUCUUCAACGAGCUCUCCAACAAGGUGAAUGCCAUCUAUAACCUCCUUCCAGAUAUCAUCAGCCGCCUGUCAGCCCCCGAGGGAGGCGUGGAGGAAGAGCCUUUCCACACCAUCAUGAAGCAAUUGCUCUCCUACAUCACGAAGGACAAGCAGACUGAGAGCCUGGUGGAGAAGCUAUGUCAGCGAUUCCGCACGGCCCAGACUGAGCGGCAGUACCGGGACCUGGCCUACUGCGUGUCUCAGCUGCCCCUCACAGAGCGGGGUCUCCGAAAGAUGCUCGACAAUUUCGACUGCUUUGGCGACAAGCUUUCUGACGAGUCCAUCUUCAGCGCCUUUUUGUCCAUCGUGGGCAAGUUGCGGCGUGGGGCCAAGCCUGAGGGCAAGGCUGUAAUAGAUGAAUUUGAGCAGAAGCUUCGGGCCUGUCACACCAGAGGUUUGGAUGCAGUAGAGGAACUUGAGGUUGGCCAAGGCAGUAGCCAAAGAGCCCUGUCAGCCAGAAAACAGCCAGCUGCCACUCGGCACCGGCCUGUGGCUUCUACAGCCUCAGACAACUUUGUCACGCCGAAGCCCCGCCGUACCACCUACCAGCAUCCAAACACCCAGCAGCGAGCUUCAAGAAAGAAACUCAGGAUUGUCUUCUCAAGUGAUGAAUCCAGCGACGAAGAACUGUCAGCAGAGAUGACAGAAGAUGAGACACCCAAGAAAACCACCCCCAUCCGCCGGGCAUCUGCUCACAGGCACAGGUCCUAGGGGCAGCCUUGCCUAUCCCAACCCUGCUGUGCAAAUGUCUUAUAAAGAAUGACCCUGAAUCCAUUCCCUUUGUAAAAUACUUGUUUGCCUGUCUCCUUGGUUUUUUAAUGCAUAAGUGGUCAUUAUAACGUAAGGCUUUGCUCUUAAACUAGGCCAACUGAACUGAGUUGAGCUGCUUUCCUUGGAAUGUAUAUAUAUAUAUGUGUUUGUCAGUUUUCUUGUUUUCUAAUGAAUAAAUAUUUUUAUAUAGUUUUA